AUGUCGGCCUCUUCAGCUCACAAGGAUGUCGAAACGGGCUCCCUCAAGGUCGACUCCAAGAGAACAGAGCCUACGGUGAAUUCAAAUGGGCCAAACUUGGAUUCUCCGUUCCCCUCUCCCACCGAAUCCAAGAAACAUGCCUCGACCAAACAGAACAGAUCUGCAGACGACCAUGAAGCUGCUGGAAUACUGGGAAACAAGGAAAAUGCGCGUCCUUCAUCGCUGAAGCAUGGCUCGCCAAGGGGCAGGUCAUCUUUGGGCGCCCGUCCGCUGAAUCGAUCCUCCGAGAACCCCCAAUCAAAGAAUCGCCAUCAAGCUCAGUCGUCCAACCCCGGAAUGUCCCCUCCAUCCCGGGCUCCGAGUGUACAAUUCCGAGAUACAGACACCGAAGCUCCCGACGCGUCCCAGUCUCGGCCGCAAUCGCGACCGGCAUCGCAACAUGGUGACGAUGAAGAUCAGGGCCCGAAGGGGAAGCAGUCAUUGUUCGGAAAGCUGAAAUCACUUGCGGCUGCUCCCAACUUUGGCUCGCACUCACGAUCUCCGAGCAGCGCAAGCGCGGAUUUCCGCCCAGCGCCAGGUGACAUGGCUACACCGGGCUCGGAAAGGGGGGAAUUCCGUUUCCCGGCGCCCCUGGAAGAAGAAGGAAGCGAGAUUGACGCCGAUGCAGAAGAGAGUGGCGGCGAGCAACGUGAACCUCGAACAAAGAGGAAACUACACCGGCGACGGAAACAACGGGAGGAAGAAGGUGGUUCUCACACGGCACCCACAACGCCGAAAACGACGCGCAGACCAUCAUUCCAUUUCUCUUCUUCAUUUGCACCGUUUGAGAACUAUCGCACUAAUCUCUUCCCCCGAAGGGCUAGCACAACGGACUUCACACCUCAACAACGUGAAGGCGUUUCGGAAGAUGAGGGCCGUGAGAGGCUCAGCCGGCGCAUGCGAAGCCGUCCCUGGACCACCGCUCGAAAUGCUAGUUACACUGAGCGGCACCCUGAUGGUAAUCAAGACGAGCAACGGCCAAGCAAUCUGCGACGAUUGACUGGGUUUGCCGGACCGUCUGGAAACGAUGAAAGCCUAGUGGCUAACUGGAGACGCCAUCGAACCGAACGUGGGACCAGCGCCAGCGCCCAACGAUGGAAGCAAAUCAAAGCUGGUCUCAAGCUCAUUGGCCAACGACGAAAGCCAGAAAACACAGUGGACAACAAGAAAUCUGCUGAGUUACUUGCUGAGCUUGCUUCGGCGGUGCCGGCUGCCCUUAUCCUCGCCAGUGCUUUCCAACGAGAUGAGCAUGGCAGCAAGAGGAUUCCAAUUCUCCUGGAGCAAUUGAAGGUUCGGGUGACAGACAGCCGGAUUGACUCACACUCUGGCGAUCGUCAUCUGGUCUUCCGAAUUGAACUUGAGUACGGAAGUGGCAUGACUCGCAUGAAAUGGAUCAUCUUCCGCACACUCAGAGACUUUGCCAAUCUGCAUCUCAAGUACAAGCUUCAUCUGGGGACUCAGAAGUACAUUCAACUACGGACGAGUGAAAAUAGCCCCAGUCUUCCUCGCUUCCCUAGAAGUGCCUUCCCCUACAUGCGAGGUGUGCGAGGUCUUGAAAGCGAAUUUGAAGACGAAGAUGAAGAAGGCGGUUAUGAAACUGGUGCAGAGGGCAUGAGUGGAACAGAGAGGCCUUCAACAAAGAAAAAGCAAGGGCAACAGCCACACCAGCGUCGGGCCUCUAGCGGUAUUAUCCGUCGAAGGUCCAGCAUCACCAACCAGGAAGGAGACUCAGCCGCAGGACCUUCAUCAGUCCACGAAGGAUCCAGGAAGGAAACAUACCCUGAGAGACAGCGAAAGAAGCUUGAGCUUUACUUGCAAAAGAUGAUUAGGUUCCUGAUCUUUAGGGCUGAUAGUAAUCGCCUGUGCAAGUUCCUGGAAUUGUCGGCCCUCGGUGUCCGUCUAGCUGCGGAAGGCAGUUACCAUGGCAAAGAAGGGUUCUUGAUUAUCCAGUCUUCCAAAGGUCUUGAUUUCCGCAAAGCCCUCACACCGUCUUUGGUCAAGAGCCGGCAUUCGCCCAAGUGGUUUUUGGUCAGGCACAGUUAUGUUGUCUGUGUGGAUUCCCCUGAAGAGAUGAACAUCUAUGAUGUUUUCUUGGUGGAUAGUCAUUUCAAGAUCCAGACACCCAAACUCAGCCUUCGCAAGCAACAUCCGAAGGAUCUUGCCAAGUCUGCAAAGCAGUCUGCGAGACACCCUCAACACCACACGCUACGCCUUGAGAACUCUGAACGCAAGCUCAAACUGCUGGCCCGGAAUGAGCGUCAACUCCAACAGUUCGAAGACUCGAUUCGUUUCAUGACUGCUAACACUCCGUGGAUACGGCCUAACCGAUUCGACAGUUUUGCGCCGGUACGAACCAAUUGCUUUGCGCAGUGGCUGGUUGAUGCACGCGAUCACAUGUGGGUUGUUUCACGGGCGAUCAAUCAGGCAAAGGACGUCAUUUAUAUCCAUGACUGGUGGCUGAGCCCAGAGCUGUACAUGCGUCGACCUGCUGCCAUUAGCCAGAAAUGGCGAUUGGACCGUCUGUUACAGCAGAAAGCCCGCGAAGGCGUCAAGGUCUUCGUGAUCAUGUAUCGCAACAUUAACUCCGCCAUUCCCAUUGACUCGGAGUAUUCUAAAUUCUCUCUCCUUGAUCUCCACCCCAAUAUCUUUGUCCAGCGAUCGCCGAACCAGUUCCGUCAAAACACUUUCUUCUGGGCGCACCACGAGAAGCUUUGUCUCAUUGAUCACACCAUCGCGUUUGUCGGAGGCAUCGAUCUAUGCUUUGGGCGUUGGGAUACUCCUCAGCAUCAGCUGACCGAUGACAAGCCUACUGGCUUUGAGACUACCGAUGGACCCAAAGAUGCGGAUCACUGUCAGCUUUGGCCGGGCAAGGACUACUCCAAUCCCAGAAUUCAGGAUUUCUAUGACCUGGACAAGCCGUAUGAGGAGAUGUAUGAUCGCAAUGUUGUGCCGCGAAUGCCAUGGCAUGAUAUCUCCAUGCAUGUUGUUGGCCAGCCUGCUCGCGACCUGACUCGUCAUUUCGUCCAGCGCUGGAACUAUAUCCUCCGUCAAAGAAAGCCCACGCGGCCUACGCCUUUCCUUUUGCCGCCACCAGAUUUCAAUCCUGCUGAUUUGGAGGCUUUGGGUCUUGAUGGAACAUGCGAGGUACAGAUUCUCCGGUCCAGCAGCAUGUGGUCGACGGGAACACCAGACGUUACCGAGCACAGCAUUAUGAAUGCUUACGUCAAAUUGAUUGAAGAAUCUGAACACUUCGUCUAUAUCGAGAAUCAGUUCUUCAUCAGUACCUGCGAGAUCGAAGGCCGGAAGAUUGAGAAUCUCAUCGGUGAUGCCUUGGUUGAACGUAUUGUCCGAGCAGCCAAGAACGAGGAAGCAUGGCGCGCGGUCAUUGUCAUCCCACUUAUGCCAGGCUUCCAGAACACGGUGGACAGUGAAGGUGGCACAAGUGUCCGUCUCAUCAUGCAAUGUCAAUACCGCAGUAUCUGCCGUGGAGAGACGUCCAUCUUCGGCCGCCUUCGGGCGCUUGGAAUCGACCCGGAGGAUUAUAUCCAGUUCUUCAGUCUGCGCACUUGGGGCAAGAUUGGACCUCAAAAGCAACUGGUGACUGAGCAACUUUACAUUCACGCAAAAUGCAUGGUUGUUGACGAUCGUGCUGCUAUCAUUGGAUCAGCGAACAUCAACGAACGAUCCAUGCUAGGAUCGCGUGAUUCCGAGGUUGCUUCAAUUGUGCGAGACACGGAUAUGAUCAUGUCGAGCAUGAAUGGCAAGCCUUACCUUGUUGGUCGAUUCCCGCAUACACUGCGUAUGCGUCUGAUGAGAGAGCAUCUCGGAAUUGAUGUCGACGAGCUCAUGGAACAUGACUUUGCUACUGAAGAAGAGCUACGCAAGAUUCAGGUUGCCGAGGGGGUCGACCCGCAGCGACCCGACAACCGGGAGCGGAGGAACUCAGGCUCUUCGGCCAUUGAGCGACAAGACGAGAGAGAUAUGGUCGAACGUCGCCAUCGUGUCCAGGACGAGUUCCUCUCUCGCUCCGAGGCCAUGUAUAGCUUCAAUCAUGAUGUCGAUUGGGAACAGGGUAGUAACCCUAACCUCAAGUCGAACCGCAAGCUCACUGCCGACCCACGCGUCACUGAGAAUACCGAGCACAGGAAGGACGUGGAUGGUGACGGACCCGAUCAUCUUACGGCUGCUGUUCAGGCUAACUUGGGAGACGCUCGGGACACCACCAUGAUAGAGAACCGGAGAGAAGCACUGCUCUCCCCUAUCGCUUCGGAGGGCAAAGGGACUAUAGAGCGACCGAAAGUAUCAUCGCAGCGCAAGUCCUCUCAACCACCCUCGACCCUCAAGGAGCACAAGCCCGAUUCAUCCGGCGAAACCAAUCGCGAUUCCGAGACUACUACGGAUACCCCGUCACAACCUAACGGGCUUUGCGGAUCGUCAAGCCGUGAGUCUGAGACUGGCGGUGCCGGUUUGACCAUGUCUAAAGAAGAAGAUGAAUCUUGCAAACACCAUCACCCAUCUGUUCCAGAUCUCAAACGUAUCUAUAUUGACAACGACUGCAUGAGAGACCCUGUCAUCGAUGGCUUCUACCUAGACACAUGGCAAGCUGUCGCGGAGAAGAACACCAAGAUCUACCGAUCUGUGUUCCGCUGCAUGCCCGACAACGAGGUGAAGAGCUGGAAGGAGUACAAGGAGUAUGCCGCAUAUGGCGAGCGCUUUGCAGAGAUGCAGAGUCAACAGGGUAACAAGCCAGGCCAAUCUCAACAAAAGCAGAAUGGCCCUUCCCAGCCUAGUGCCAACGUCAACUCUCCUAUGUCGAUCGCAUCUCAAUUGAACGCCAUCAGUCCCAAGGCCGAAGGACCAUCAGCAGAUCCGAAGAGCCCUCAGACAAUCGAUGAGAAACUUGGGUCCGGGAACGAAUCGGGCCGUCCUGCUCAGUCUGAGCAGCUAGCGAAACAGGAGACUUUAUCCUCCAUCGAUGAGAAGGCCGCGCUCAAGACGACAUCUGACUCGAAUUUGCCGGCUGGUGCCGCGAACGGGACCGCUGAGGAGAACGGUGUCGUCGCCGGUGAAGAUGCCGAAAAGUCACGAUCAGCCUCGGCUCAUGUUGAUUACUCUGAAGCCGUGAACUUAAACUCGGCGAGUCAGUCUCGGAGACGCAGACGCAGGACUACAAUUGGUUCUAAGCGUGACCCCCAUGGUACAGACGAGUAUCUGGACAAAGGUCGUGCAGAGGAUCUCCUUAACAAGACCCAAGGUCAUCUCAUUAUGUGGCCUUAUGACUGGCUCGAAAAGGAAGAGCAGGGUGGCAACUGGCUCUAUGCUUUGGAUCAGAUCUCGCCUUUGGAGAUUUAG